AUGGGGAUACCCAACGAUUGUAAUCGACACGGGUGCGUUAGCAAGCUUACCACAAUUGCGCAGGAAUGCGGCUACUUGGUUUGCUAUCUCUGCAGGAGAUGUCCGUAUUGUCAUACUUCUCGCCAAAUAAAGUGGGAAGCUUAUUGUCGAGAACUGGAUGUUGACUCCGCCCGGAAUCCUUCCUCACUUGCUCCUUUGGGGCCAACCACCUCUUAUUCGGCAACAUGCUUCAACGCAAAAUCCAUACUGUUCCAAGCAGAAAAUGAGCCCUUGGUUCUUACAUUCGAGGCAAUCUUUGACCGACCGGCCAACAACGGUGAGCGGGGUAUUGUUUUUGAUGAUGAAUACUAUCAAUCCAUGUCUCAUGGUCUGCGAGAAACGCUCUUUGCCCAUGCUUUGAGUGCCUUCUUAUUUGCUAAUUAG